AUGCCCGGCGCUACCCUGGUCAUGGCCCAUUCAUCUUACACUGGGGCCCCCUUCCCCGACCGCCUCCUCGGUGACGCGCCCUUGGCCAGGACCAGAAGACCCUGUUUGCCUACUGAGUUCGUGGCCGGCCUGUGGUCAGGCUGCAGGAACCUGCAGAUGUUGGCCCCCAACCCAGUCAGAAGCCUAAAGGUAGAGGCUCAGACCACCAGUUCCAUCGCCCUGAGAAGGGAGGUCCCCGAGGGCCCAGGCCCUCAGCUGUACCUCUAGGGGAUCCAGUGGUCUAGGGAGAGCAUCCCAGGGAACACCCUCCUUAGCAACCAGGUCUGUCCAGGUGUGGUGCAGGUACCUAGGGAUGUGGAAAUACUGACCCUGCUCCCUCUCUUCGUGCCCAAUCUGGUGACAAACCUGGAGAUUCAGGGCAGCAUGAGUUCUGUCACCCUGACCUGGACAGCUCCCCUGGGCCCAGACCACCCACCUGACACCUACUGGAUCCAAUGGUGGGAGGCAGGUUUCACCAGUGAGACCCUGAACAUCUCAGGAACAUGGGUCAUGGAGGAGGGUCUGGGAAGUGGGGCCCUGUACCCCUUCACCAUCUGGAUGAGAAGGAGCAGAGCCAGCAGCAAUACCCAAGUCUUUGAUGUGCCCACAGCUCCCAACAGGGUCACGGAUCUGCACAAAGAAACUCAGACCAACAACUCAAUCACCCUGGGGUGGAAGGCCCCCACAGACCCCUCUCAGACCCACACAUACUGGAUCCAGUGGGCCCCUGGGGGACAUCCCCAGGGAAAGCAAGACCCCCGAGGACAUCAGGCCAACUAGAGAGGCAGGCCCAAUGAGACUUGCUAUGAGGUGUAGACUCUGGAACCCGGGACCUCGUACAGCUUCAGUGUGUGGGAAGAGAGGAACAACGUGGCCAGUUCUGCACAGAGCCUUCUUGCAUCCACAGCCCCGAGCCCGGUCACCAUCACCUCCUGCAUCAGCACCUCUGGGGGCCACAGGGGCAUCUUGACCCGGUCCUGCCCCUGGGGAGGCUACGAGGCCCUUGAGCUGCAGGUGGGUGGACAGCAGGAUGCCCAGCACAGGUCCUCCUGUGGGAGGAGGGUGCCUGUGCCGGGUCUCUGGCCGGCCCAGUCCUACCCAGCCACCGUCACGACCAUCUGGGAUGGAAUGAGGGCGCCGUCUGCCUCUGUGACCUGCCACACCGAGAACACAGGUGAGGUCAUUGCUGGAGCCAUUGUUGGUGUCAUUCUGUUUCUCAUCCCGGUGGGUCUGCUGAUUUUCUUCCUGAAGAAGAGAUGGGACUCUAAAAGCCAGAGGGAACCAGCACCCAGGGCUCUGGUCUUCAGCUUCUCAGAGGACAUCCUGGUGGAAGACUUUGCUGACCACGGCAGGAAAAACAAGAAAGACAGCCACUGUGGUUUCGAGGAGUCCCAGCAAUUGGCUCUGGAGAGCCCCAGCCGGUCUCCAACGGUGGCCUCGGCUCUGGAAAACAGCACCAAGAACCGUUACAGGAACCUGCUGCCCUAUGACUGGUCCCGUGUGCCCCUGAAGCCCCUCCAGGAGGAGCCAGACUCAGACUACAUCAACGCCAGCUUCAUGCCUGGUCUUGAGAAGCCCCAGGAGUUCAUUGCAGCCCAGGGCCCCCUGCCCAAGACGGUAGGUGAUUUCUGGCGCCUGGUGUGGGAGCAGCAGAGCAGCACCCUGGUCAUGCUGACCAACUGUGUGGAAUCCGGCCAGGUGAAGUGUGAGCAUUACUGGCCUCUUGAGGCCAAGCCCUGCACACAUGGGCACCUACAAGUGACGCUGGAGGGUGAGGAGGUGCUGGAGGACUGGACAGUCUGAGACCUGAAGCGCCAGCACAUGCAAGAGCAGAAAACACUACUGGUGCGUCAGUUCCAUUACGUGACCUGGCCAGACCAUGGUGUCCCCCACUCCCCAGACCCCAUGCUGGCCUUCUGGAAGAUGCUGCAGCAGUGGCUGGACAAGACCGUGGGGGGAGGCCCCCUUGUGCACUGCAGUGCUGGCGUGGGCCACACGGGCACCCUCAUUGCCUUGGACGUCCUGCUGAGGCAGCUGGAACAGGAUCGAUGUGUGGGGCCCUUCAGCUAUGUGCGGAAGAUGAGGGAAAGCCGGCCUCUGAUGGUGCAGACUGAGGCCCAGUUUGUGUUCCUGCACCAGUGCAUCCUGAGAUUUCUCUGGCAGUCAGGCCGAGCCCCAACAGACAACGGGGCUGCAUAUGAGAACCCGCUGUAUGAGAAUGUCUGAGCCCCAGGAGGGCUGAGACCCCAGCCCAGCUAGACUCGAACUCUGGAUCCCCACUUCAGCUCAGACUCCUGGAGCCCUGGGACAGCAGAGGGCUGGGGUCCCAGACUCCAGGGUCUUGCAGGGGCCCGGCAGCCUAAACUGUUUCCCUGGAAGAGAGAGGGCAGG